UUGGACAUCUGACUUUCUUUUUUUUAUUCAUAGGACAUGUUGCUUUUUUUACAAUGACACUAAACACUCUUCUAUGUUAUACAUUUCUUUCUACUGCUAUUUGCAUAGUCAACUCAAGUGUUAAUAAAGAUUACAUUGAAGGCAAACUACCCCGACAUCUAAAUUAUGAUGUGGCUUCCAAAUGUGAAAAGUGUCUAGCAUGUGUAGGCCUUGCGCUACAGUUGAACGAAACUUUCAAAUAUCUUUAUGAAAAUAAUAUGGCAUUGGAAAAUUUUCCACGUUUUCAUGAUUUCUGCAAAAGCAGUUUCAAGAAGUAUGGCAUUAAGGAAUUUGAGGGGCGUCGUUAUUUUGGACAAGGAAAUCGUGAAACAAAUGACACUAAUUAUAUUUCUGUUCUUAUGAAAGAGAAAUGUGAUCAAUUAUCACAUACCAAAACCAUGACAAGACUGUUUCAAGAAUGGAAGAAUAACAGGAAAAACUUAGUUCCUACAACUUGCAAUGACAAAGAUGAAUUAGGUCUGUGUGUCAAUUAUAUCAACCUAAAUGAGGUUGCAUUUACAAAGCCGACACCAAGUCCUUGGUGGAAACGAAUCUUGGAGCUUCUCAAAAUAUUCAAGAAGCCAGUGGUACAAGCUCCUGAAAAACUGCUUAAUAUCUGGCAUGGUUUGAAGAAAACCCACAUCUGUUAAAGAACUAACUCAUUUUCACAUCCAA